GGUUCGCCCUUUACGUUCUCGGAACUCAGUGGGCGUGGCGCGAAGGCUGAAGGAAGUGUGCCUGGCGGCUCCACGAAGCCAGAGCAGACAUGCCUCGGUACGCGCAGCUCGUCAUGGGCCCUGCAGGCAGCGGGAAGAGCACCUAUUGUGCCACCAUGGUCCAGCACUGUGAAGCCCUCAACAGGUCAGUCCAAGUUGUAAACCUAGAUCCAGCAGCAGAACACUUCAACUACCCUGUGAUGGCUGACAUCCGGGAACUGAUCGAGAUAGAUGAUGUGAUGGAAGAUGAGUCUCUGAGGUUCGGUCCCAAUGGAGGAUUGGUAUUUUGCAUGGAAUACUUUGCCAAUAAUUUUGACUGGCUAGAGAACUGUCUUGGUCAUGUGGAGGAUGACUAUAUCCUUUUUGAUUGUCCAGGUCAGAUUGAGUUGUACACUCACCUACCUGUGAUGAAACAUCUGGUCCAACAAUUAGAACAGUGGGAGUUCCGAGUCUGUGGAGUUUUUCUUGUUGAUUCUCAGUUCAUGGUGGAGUCAUUCAAGUUUAUUUCUGGCAUUUUGGCAGCCUUGAGUGCCAUGAUCUCUCUAGAAAUUCCACAAGUUAACAUCAUGACAAAAAUGGAUCUGCUGAGUAAGAAAGCAAAAAAGGAAAUUGAAAAAUUUCUAGAUCCAGACAUGUAUUCUUUGUUAGAAGAUUCUACAAGUGCCUUAAGAAGCAAAAAAUUCAAAAAACUCACUAAAGCUGUAUGUGGACUGUCCAAGCGCGCUGUACGCAUGCGCGACACUCCGAGCUCAGCCGAGGGCGCGAGCUCCCAGCGCCCUUUCAGGUUUGCGCAGCCGCAGCAGCCAGCCGCGGGACAGUAA